AUAUAUUCGUGGUGGUUAUUCAGUGUGUGCCCGUUCUGAGAGCGCGCGACAAGUUUAAAUGAUGCGCAGAACUUGCGCGAAAAUCUAAAUUUCAAUACUUGGUGUUUUCCUUUUUCAUUUUUUUUAUUAUCCAUGAAUAGAACGUCAGGAUGGUGAAGUGUUUUAUUUUAUUGCUUCUGGUGACUUUCACUAGCACAGAGGACUUACAACGUCAGUCACGAGGAAUAUAUUCGAAGAAUUUCUUUGGAGGUGUUUGGGGCAAUCGACCACCGCUGUUGGAACGAAACCAGGCCAGGACUUCGUGUAAUUGUAAAUGUGGCGAAAGGAAUGACGUAUCCCGUAUCGUAGGCGGGACUGAUGCUGCGAUCAAUGAGUUUCCCUGGAUAGUCAAACUAUCUUAUUUCAAGCGAUUCUACUGUGGUGGUACAGUUAUUAACGACAGAUAUGUGGUGACAGCAGCUCAUUGUGUUAAAGGAUUUAUGUGGUUCAUGAUCAAAGUGACGUUUGGGGAGCAUAACCGCUGCAACGCGACCAUUCGACCGGAAACCAGAUUCGUGAUUCGCGUAACCGCCAACAAGUUCAGUCUCACCAAUUUUGACAAUGACAUUGCGUUACUUCGCCUCAAUGAUAGGAUCCCGAUGUCUGCUGCCAUCAAGCCGAUUUGUCUUCCAACUGAUCCAUCGAGUACAUACAUCGGUGUAUUAGCCGUUGCAUCAGGUUGGGGAACUCUCACUGAAGAGGGCAAGGUGUCUUGCACUCUCCAGGAGGUAGAAGUUCCAGUAAUAAGCAACCAAGAGUGCAAGAACACAAAAUACUCUUCGUCCAUGAUCACGGAUAACAUGAUGUGUGCUGGGUAUCCGAAGACUGGACAAAAAGAUUCUUGCCAGGGUGACAGUGGAGGUCCACUCAUUGCAAUAAGCAAAGACAGUAAGAGAGACAAGCGUUAUGAACUCAUUGGUGUUGUGUCCUGGGGCAACGGUUGCGCACGCAUCGGUUAUCCGGGAGUCUACACUCGCGUAACAAAAUAUCUCGCCUGGAUAAAGGAGAAUACUCAGGAUGGAUGUUACUGCUCCGAUUAAUUGUUAUCAAAAAUAUUGUAUAAUAAAUGUAUUGUAAUUCUUCUUCAAAACGCAAAUCAGUCUUCACUGCCAAAUUAUGUUUACGCUAAGCCAGAACAUCGCUUACAUUGAAACAGUUAAAUAAGACUGAUUUAGUUUUUAUAAGUAUUUAUUUAUUGUCAAAGUUUAAUAUUUAACUACCCUCACAAUAUCUAGGGCGUAUUUAUGAAGAUUUAGCUUAGCGCAGGGACAAAUUGUCUCCGCUCACAGGCUUGAUAAUUAAAUGUGUUUAUACAAUUUUCCAACAACUUUCCGAUAGCUUGACAUAUAAUAGUUUAAUAUUGUAAAACAAAAGAGGAUCGAAAUUAUUAUUGCCGCAAUUAAAAAGAGCUUAUUAAUUCUGUAUAGAAUAUUUGAAAUAUCGAAAUUAUUCUGUUUAUACAAAUCAUCGUUUCCAUCAAUCAUUAUGAAUUCAUACCAUUAUUUGUGUCACAAGACUUUGCUCGUACAUUUGAAGUAGGCGCUUCUGAAAUUAUAUUAAUUGUUAGGAAACGGUCGUAAAGCUUUCGGAGGAGUUGUUGCCCGAGUCCGGCGGGAGACGCCAAGCCUUUUAAGCAAAUAUAGUCCUUUUUUAGGAACAGGGAGUUUUGCCUAGCUUUUCAGUCACAGAUCUGCCUGAUCGCGUACCUGUUAGGCUACGAUGUCCUAUUAAAGCUACACUUAAAGUUAUGUAAAGUACGAUAUCAUCACUGAUAAUUUCAAGAAAUAUAUAUAGAUUAAUAAAGGUUAUAAAAUAUUUAAUAUAGUAAUUAUUUGUAUAAACUGGAAUUACUUAUGUAUAGAUAAUAAGCUUUGAUUUGCCAUAUCUAUGUAUAGAAUUAAGAUUUUGUAAUUUUUAUAAAUAAAUGUGAAGUGAUCUCCAA